GUGGUGAAACUGACAGAGAGAGAAGAUCAUGGCCGACAUCUACAAUUAUAUUCUGUGUUGCCUUGUGACUAUUUUAUACUUACUAACAGGUGUCAGUGGAGACACUCGUUCUCUGUACACCAGAGUGGGAGAUAAUGUAAGUCUGUCAUGUACCAAUGUGGUUAAUCAAGACUGCUCCUCAACUACAUGGAACUAUCACAGAACUGGAUUACAGAUUGUUAUUGAAGAGGUUGGACAUGGGAAGAUUAAAACUAACUCAGAGAGAGCAGACAGACUGAAAGUGGGGUCUGACUGUUCUCUACACAUUAGUGAUGUCAGAGCUGAGGAUGCUGGAAUCUACACCUGUCAACAAUUCCUUACAGUGGGUGGAUCACAACAUGGAAGUGAUGCUCCUGUUCAUCUGUCUGUUCUAACCAACUCCUUGUCAACACCAGUGACAGAUGUAAAGCCUGAUAGACCAGUAACAUUAAGGUGCUUUCUGUACACAUUUGAGGGACCUGAAAAAUGUCUCCAUGGUGUUACAGAACCUGUUAGUCUCCUCUGGGUGGAUGAGACAGGUAAUAAGCUGAAGAAAGACUCCAGACACCAGGUCACACAAACAUCUGACUGUGACAUCACUCUGAAUGUGACACUCCAGAAGGAGGACAACAACAGGAAGUGGACAUGUCAGCUGAAUAUUAAUGAAAAGAAGAACAUCUCCAUUGAUUUAAACUUCAUGGUCCCAGAUUCUCCUAUUAAUCUGAUGUAUGUUUUUUUGGGAGUGGCUGUGGGAGUGGUUGUUUGUUUUGUUGCUGCUGUCUUCGUAUUACACAGAAAGAAAAACAAGAAUCAAAUGCCAGCUCAUGGAGGCCCUGCCAGAAACAAAGACUUGGGUCUGACUGCAGUAAACUCUACCAGCCCACCAGCCAAUGAAGACAGGAGUCAACCUGCUGACUGUAUCACCUAUGCCUCCAUCAGACAUAUCAACCAAUAUCCUCCUCAAAAAGUUAAUGCCCAAGGUGAGGAUGCAGUGACAUAUUCUGCAGUUAUGACCUCUACUGACAGAGGAAGAGAGACAGAGAACCCUGCUGACCCCAACUCCCUCUAUUCUACUGUCAAUAAAGGAGCCAUCAAGACAUCAACAUAAGGAUUAGAAUUUACCUUUACAUUUUAGUCCUUCUGCAACUCACAGUAUGUGCAAACAUUUCAAGUUAGAUGAAAGUACCACACAGCUUAGUAGUGAGUGGAUACUAAUCAGCAAAUUAAUUAUUGUCCAAAGUCAGUGCUGGAAAUAAAAUAAAACACGUAAGAAACAUUAAGAAACAUUUACAAAAGACAAUGGACAACAGAGGUGGUGGCAGAUAUUUACAAAAAAGUGAGGGGUGUACUCUUUUGUGAGACUUUUGUGAGAUACUAUAU